AUGAGGUUGCUUGCUGUCCAGUCUCCGAGGAAUAAGGGAAAGAAAAUCGUGUGGUCCAGCGACGACGAGGAGGAGAUGCCUGCAGCAAAUCCUCCUCGCUCGCCUGCCAAAGACAUUGCAGGCCCAUCAAAGAAGGUUUGUGAGGCUGGGCGUGGUCGCUAUGCAUUGAUUCAUCAUUUUAUCGAGAUGGGAUUUUCUGGAGACUCCGUGAUGAAAGCCGUCGAGGAAAAUGGAGAAAGUGAUCCUAAUGCUAUACUGGAAACACUUCUUACGUAUGCGGCUAUAGAAAAAUCUCCUGCAAGGCUUCAUCGUCCCCCUGGUGAUGGAAACAGCUCGGGCCAUGAUCUAUCAGAUGAAGUUGACUUCAGUGACGAGGUCAACAACUUUGCUAGCCUCUUUGAUUUGAGACAGCAGCAGGAUGCUCAUUGCACACCAAUUGUUUGGACGCACUUUGCAAUUAAUAAUUGA